GGAAGCCAUAAUCGGUUCGAGUCAUCAAUUCAGGAGCUCAUCUCACCCGCAACAAGCUGCCUUCAGAACCUUCUCACCAGAUUGAAGCUAAACUAGUCAAGAUGAUGAUCAAAGUAGCUCUUGUGCUCUGUGCUAUUGUGGCAACCAGUAUGGUGUGCGCCAAGGAUUUUGAAGAGCAAGAUGCAUUGGACACUUUGCUGAAUAUGAUGCUCUCAGAGGAGGUUGCAUCUCCUGAUGACGCUGUAGCCUUGCAAGGCUGGAGACACUGGAAGAAGGCGUUUCAUAAAGUCAGUCAUGCAGUUAAGAGUGGCAUCCACGCUGGACAGCGCGGGUGCUCGGCUCUCGGUUAUCCUCCAGAAGAAGCUCGCGUUAAAAUUCUGACUGCGUUCCCAGAGAUGAAAGAGGAGGAUCUCACCGAAGAGUAUCUUAAAUCGAUCUGCGCUGGUGCACAUGCCCUUGGCAGUUCACAUGCCCGUGGCCGUGCACAUGCCCGUGGCCGUUCACAUGCCCGUGGCCGUUCACAUGCCCGUGGCCGUGGCCGUGGCCGUGGCCGUGGCCGUGGCCGUGGCCGUGGCCGUGGCCGUGGCCGUUAG